UGGUGGAAGAGCUCCAUGGCUCCGGCUGGACACAACUGUAAGGACUUUUCCUGACUCAGUGAGAUUUGCUGCCCUAAAUGCAGCCUGGAUCUUCCUUACCUGCCAUCUCUGCUUUUGUGCUCGGUCCACUGCGGCAUCUCCUGGUGGGAGAGCUGAACUGAAGCCCCUGGCUCUGGCACGAAGAGCAUCACAAGUUCAAGGAGUUGUAAAUGAAAAAAAAAAUAAUAGUCCGGUGCUGGUUUGUUUUGUUGCCUCUUCUCCAAGAGUGGUUUCUCCUUCCUUGCAAAAAAUGACCCAAAGCUUCCUCAGACGGAAGACGUUUGAUUUUUCUCUUGGGUGGUUGAGGAACUGGAGCCAGCCAACCUUGGCCAAUGCCUUGGCCAAUGCCAGUGACUAUCAACACAAGCCCGAGGGCAAGCGGGGACAGCCUGAGCCUCGUCCUCCAACUGAAACAUCCUUUGUCACGCGAGCGUGACCAAGGGGAGAGCCCCUGAACCGUCUAAAAUCCCUUUGACCCAGCAAACGGCACGGAGAUGAAAACCAAACCCAACCCUACGCAGCGACGCUGAGCUGCGUGUUCACUCUGCCGGAGCGGGGAACAAAGGUUUGGGGGCUGGUUUUGGCUUUUUUUAAUUUAUUUGCAAAGCAAAACAGCUCAGCUGAGCGGAGUAAGCGUUGGUGGAGGAGCGUGAGCUGCCGGGUGGUUGCUGUGCUAUAAAAUCCCAUCCCCACCAGCGCUCGCAGGGGGGUGUGCCGGCUCCUCGAGCUCUUGUAGCAUUUCCACGUUGGCCGGGAGAGUUUCUGAACAUGCGUGUUGGUCUCUGGAGGCUUUAAUCAAAUCCAGGCUUUACCAGAAAUCGCCUCGAAACUUCCAGCGAGCUGAGAAAACCAAAAGCAGCCGGAGCGAGGAGGCUCUCAGGCGGGCGUUCGGCGCCAGCGGAGAUGCUGCCUUCGGCGAGGGGCGCGAGGAGGGCGCAGGCAAGGGGCUAGUGCCAGCAAAGCAUCCGGGAUGAAAGCCUACCCAUGAGCUCGGACUUCCAGCAUUACAGUUUCAGGAUGCCGAACAUCGGAUUCCAGAACCUGCCUCUGAACAUAUACAUUGUGGUUUUCGGCACAGCCAUCUUCGUCUUUAUCCUCAGUUUGCUCUUCUGUUGCUACUUGAUCAGGCUCAGACAUCAAGCACACAAAGAGCUUUACGCCUACAAACAGGUCAUACUCAAGGAAAAAGUGAAGGAGCUGAACCUACACGAGAUCUGCGCCGUUUGCUUGGAGGAGUUCAAGCCCAAGGACGAGCUGGGGAUCUGUCCCUGUAAACAUGCCUUCCACAGAAAGUGCCUCAUCAAGUGGCUGGAGGUGCGGAAGGUGUGCCCGCUCUGCAACAUGCCGGUGCUGCAGCUGGCCCAGCUGCACAGCAAGCAGGACCCCGGCCCCCCCCAGGGCCCCCUCCCCGGCGCAGAGAACAUUGUAUAGCUCCGCCGCCCCAGGGACUGCCCCGCCGCGGGGGGGGCUCCCACGCCGGCCCCGGGGACGCGGAGACAACCAAAGCACUACGGCACCAGCACGGAGGGACAGGCAAGGACGCAGGUGGCUGGAUGGGGAGCCCGGAGCACUUUAGGGGGGAAAAUGUUUCCUCCCCAGCCGAAGCAGUAAAGCCCCGCGCCCCAAAACCUGCCUCCGCUGAGCCGUGCCGGGAUGAAGGGUCUCCCACUCAAGCCCGGGCUUGAUUCCUCUCCCGGGGCGAGGAGGGGACUUGGGGCCCCUGGGCACCCUGCACGACAUCCUUCUUCCAGCGCAUCCCUCUGCGUAGGGCGCAACGGAGCAGCAUGGAGCCACCCGAUGACGCCCGACAGCCUCCUGCAGUGCCGCCACGUCCCCCCGAACGCCCCGGUACACUACCCAGCCCUGCUGCCCCCCGUGCCCCUCCGCCGCCAUCGAAACGAUGCCCAAAACGGAGGGAGGGGUCCUGGAGCAGCGUGGCUGAUCCCUGCCAUGUUCUCUUGACGGGGUUACCUUCGCCUUUGCAAUCCCUACCUGAAAAACUGGGUCUCGGCACCCCGGGUGCAGCGACGCCGGGCUUCGUGCCACGGUUGGGUGCUUCCUUGGCACCUGCUGCUCCUCCGAAAGGGCUAACCGGGGCAGGUAAGCCAGGAGUGGCGUGGGGUCUCGUGGGCUUUGGUUUCCCCAUCCACCCUCCCUGGGGAGGGGCUGCCCCCCUCCUUGGCGUGAUGGGCUACCUCAGCGGGGCCCAUAGCCCCUGCGACGGACAUGAUCCCGGUGUAAACCAUCAGGGGUGAGGACCGGUGACCGCUGCCUCUUCGAAACCGUGGCACA